UUGCCUUAUCUUUCAGGGGAGUCACUGCACAGCUAUAGGAUCUGCAUACAGGCUAUAUUACUGGACAAACCUAAAGUUGCUACAGCAAACUUGAGCAAGUAUCUUGAGCUGUUGAGAUCCCACCAGAAUCGACCAGCCAAAUGUCUGACCAUUAUGUGGGCCUUGGGGCAAGCUGGUUUUGCUGACCUUACAGAAGGGCUUAAAGUGUGGCUUGGCAUUAUGCUUCCGGUUCUGGGCAUCAAAUCUCUCUCUCCAUAUGCCAUCAGUUACUUGGAUCGGCUGCUGAUGAUGCAUCCUAAUUUGUCAAAAGGGUUUGGGAUAAUAGGGCCCAAGGACUUCUUCCCUCUUUUGGAUUUUGCAUUCAUGCCCAACAACUCCUUAUCCUCCAGUCUGCAGGAGCAGCUCCGGCAAUUGUAUCCCCGCCUGAAAGUGUUGGCCUUUGGCGCUAAUCCUGAAACUUCCCUGCAUACUUAUUUCCCUUCCUUCCUCUCCAGGACCAUGCCCAGCUGUCCCAGUGACAUGAAGAAAGAGGUGAGGCUGGGAGGGGGACAGGAUCAAAAGGAACAAACAUAAUUCUUAAGCAGUCAGAUGGGCUACAACAUUUAGCCAACACAUAAUCUGCAUUAAAAAGUGGCACCCAAUUAAUUAGCGCACAAUACCAUGUUAACCUGAAACCCUUCAGUGUUAGGUCUCUUCAUCCAAGAGGCAAUCUGACAGAGUGAGCCUUAUAAUGAGGAAGUCUGCUGUUUCUGCAGAACCAAUCC